GUAGGGAGAGCAACAGGUGCUGAUCCUAGCAAUUCACCCACGUGUGUUCAGAAGCUGUAAUAUACUAGCUAUCCAAUACAGGAUCCUUCUAACGAAAAGCGAAGGGUAUCUUGCAGCACCUUCGACCAAAUAGUGGGGAGCGAGAAAAAGGUGGGGUUUAGUCGACCGCCACUGCUAUUCGCGACUACCCAUUCGGUAGCAAAUAUUACACUAACCCAUUGCAAGGUCAAGAUCACUUGGUUAAUCCCGUUUUCAGUCAGUCGACAAUAUUGUACAUUACACUAUUUUAUUUAUAAAAACAAUAAUAUAUAGUGAGCAUUGACACAAAUUUCUGAAUUAUAAACACUUUAUAGUGAUAUUCAGGGCCAAAAACGCAUGCGGGAAUGGAAACUUCCGUACUUAUUCCGAAAGAAUUUUCACUGGCACUAACUAGCCAUCAGCAAUCCAACUGUAAUCAAAUUACCUACAAAAGCAACUCCAAAUCCUUUUUAUCGGAUAUUAGGGUAUCAGUAUGGUCUAAUGUAUUUAUACCUAUUGGAACACUUAUUUACCCAUUUCAAGGUUCUAUCAGAUUUGACAAAAUUGAUCUAUAUUCAUUAUUGGACGAUAACGAUAUCAGACGAGAGUAUGGCUGCUACGAUGAAGUAUUACAUUCCAAAUAUAAUCGCAAUAAACGACAAUGCAAUUGGAUAAGAUUUCUUCGUAUAAUGAAAACAUAUAAUGAACAAGUAAAUCUUGUUGGAACGAAAGUUAAGGGUGAACCUAUAUUUGAAGUUGUAAAAAACGUUCAACGUAAUGCAGAACUUGUGGCGUGGUUUCUUCCUACUCACGAAGAAAAUUUUGUUUUUAUAUCCACCGAAAUCUGUUCAAGAUCUGCGAUGUAUCGAUGUACAAUAGAUUCUAUUUUAGAUGAUUCGCCAUUAGACUUAUCAAUGACAUUGCUUUCUCAGAAUUCGAGAGCAUUUGGAUCAUUGAUCCAGUGCAACUCUUAUUGUAAGCUCGAUGAGUAUGAAUCGACGUCAGAAGAAUCGUUUUCGUCAGGAUUAUCAUUAUCAAGUGAUUCUAUACAUAGAAGCAUUUUAACGUCAAUAAAAAAGGGUGAACGAGUAUUGUUACCUUGCAAAGUAUGUGGAAAAUCAUUCGACCGACCGUCACUUCUCAAGCGACAUAUGCGAACCCAUACGGGGGAAAAACCACAUAUAUGUAUUGUUUGCAACAAAGGCUUUUCAACCUCUAGCUCAUUAAAUACACAUAAACGUAUACAUAGUGGUGAAAAACCUCAUCAAUGUGUUGUUUGUGGUAAAAAGUUCACUGCCUCUUCCAAUCUUUAUUAUCAUCGCAUGACGCAUAUCAAGGAGAAACCACAUAAGUGCUCUCAAUGUUCAAAGUCGUUCCCAACUCCUGGUGAUCUCAAGAGUCAUAUGUACGUCCAUAAUGGACUUUGGCCAUUCAGGUGCAACGUUUGCAGUCGUGGUUUUAGUAAAACUACUAAUCUUAAGAAUCACUUGCUCUUGCAUCUUGGUCAUUGCUCCAAUAAAAAACUAAAUUAAAUCGAA